AUGGCCGACCACCACGACGAUGAUCUCGCCACCUCCAAGACCGAGGGUUUCAAGGUCGGCGAGAAGAAGACUCUCCAGGAGUACCAGGAGCUUGACAAGGACGAUGAGGCCAUGAACCGCUGGAAAGCCUCCCUGGGGCUUAACGCCGGUGAUCCCAUCGGCCAGCCCGGUGACCCCAAGUGCGUUAUCAAGUCGCUCGCCCUCGUCGUUGCCGGCCGUCCCGAUGUUGUGAUCGACCUGUCCACCAAGGAGUUUCUUGACAGCCUCAAGGACAAGCCUUUCACCAUCAAGGAGGGUGCCAAGUUCCACAUCAAGGUUGCUUUCCAGGUCAAUCACGAAGUUCUGAGCGGCCUCAAGUACGUCCACGCCGUCAAGCGCAAGGGUAUCCGCAUUAGCAAGGAUGAGGAGAUGCUGGGUAGCUAUGCUCCCAGCACUACUGUCAAGCCCAUCUACGAGAAGGAGUUCCAAGAGGAGGAGGCUCCCUCUGGGAUGCUCGCCCGCGGUCACUACAACGCCGUCUCUCGCUUCGUUGACGAUGAUGACCACACCUUCCUGCAGUUUGACUGGGCUUUCGACAUCACCAAGGACUGGUAG